GAGAGAGGAGCACAUCUAGACACCUUAAUGAGUACCUGGGUUAAUAUGGAAACACCGAGGACAGGCUACAAUCUCCGAUCUGUGCAUGCAAUCUUUUUACUUCUGGUGGUCAGUUCAGUAUUACUUGGGUUUAGUUACCUGAAUGAGAUGUAUCAAAGGAUCCAACUUCAGGAAAUGAUGGAAAGACAAGCAAAACAUAUUGAAGCAGAGAGAUCGAUUAUAGAACACAAGGCAUCUCGAUUACAAGCACAUAUAGAAAAUAGUAAUAACGAGAUGAAGAGGUUGAAAGAUGUGCAUGCAUUUCAAAUAGAGAAGCAAAAUUCAAUCUGUGAACAAGAAAGGAACAAUCUACUACAGACUAUUUCAUCAAAGAAUUAUACAUUAACUGAAGUGCAAACCGGAUACAAACAUUUAAAGCGGCAUUUUGAACAUCUUCAGUCUGUAAUGGCGCAGUUUGAAAAGAAUCAAUCACGACUUCUGGAAAAAUUUUCAACUCAGUCGACUCAGUGUAUGAAUGUCAUUAACAUGAUAAGUAAGCUGUGUAAUAAAGACAAAGUGAUUCGAAAAAUAGCACAAGUUACAAAGCAAAAUGAAACACAAUCAAGCAAAACUGAAAAGAAAAACUACACAGGACUGUUAAAUACCACUACACCUACAAAGGACACCACAAUGGACUCAGGUAAUGAAACACAAAGCCUGAAGGCCAUGCAGGAAUUACAAGAAUUGUUUUCAGAACUAAAUAAGACAAAUGGUAUGAAAGAUAAUGAAGAUGAGAUUAUGAAACUGGAGGACACAAGGAAUCCAGCAGAAAACAUCUUUAAACUGCAAGCCGAAGAGGGCACAAAUAAUAAUGAAACAUCUGAUGAAGAAGACCAACCUAAUAAUAUGCUAAUACAAGAACAGCAAACAGGAAGUAAUGAAAAACCUCCUGCUCUAAAACCUAACCAAAGUAAGACUAAGAAAGUCAAUAAUUCUUACUAUCCCAUGUUACUAUCAAGAGAUAAAAGUCUACCAUUGACAAAUCAAAACGACAUAAGAGCAGAUGAAGAAGUUACUGAUAAACCAUUAGAAGACAUUACAGUGGGCAUAGAUAAUGUUAUAAGUGAGGACAAUGCAUAUAGCACAGAAAACAAUCUGGACGUUCAAAAAAAGAAAAUAAAGAAACUAGAUGAGUAUAUUAAUAAAGCAAAAGGAGAAUCUGAGUAUGAACAUCAAAGAUUAACAAAAGGUUUGGAAUUGAAUGACCAAGAAAUCUUAGAGAUAAUAUCAUAAAACAAAUAGAGGGACAGGAGGCUGCCAUAAAUUUAAAGUCUGUUGCAUGGCCAGCGGAAGGAUGCGACAAAGCUGGCUGCACAAGGGGAGUCAAGGCUGGCGAACAAAAUGCCGGUUUUGAUAACUCUCCCUUAUUCCAUAUAGAGAUGAGUAAAUCACUGAAAAUUAAAUUUGGAUUUGAUUCGUCGACCAUUUUGAUUUGGGCCUGAAUCAAUUCUACCCAAAUCGAAAGUGGCCUGAAAAUUUGUUUAUGACAUCUCUCAUUUUUUAAAUUUUUAUACUUUUUUUCUCUUUCUCUCUCUACAAAAUUCACCCGAAUUUAAUCACCAAAAUUUAAAUUUGGAAGGAUUUUGAAUUUUUACAAAAAAAUCUGAUCCAAUUCGAUUAGUUUAUUAUUGAUUUGCUUAUCUCUAAUAAUAUAAAAAUAAGUACACAGCCAACCAUACAGGGCAGUUGGGGUGGUAGUAUGCAUGAAGUUGCAGUGUCAGGUUGCAGAUAGUUAACAUAGUUUGUAGCGCAUUUCUUUGUGAGUAGCAGGCACAAUGAUGGGGAAUGGCGAUGGUUCGGUGUUCAUCUCUGAUCGCGGCAUCUGAGAUGACUAUUGAGGGCUGUCACCUUAUCUAUUUGCUCUCGAAGAAUCCGCUACAGACAUCUUGAUUGAAGAUCCAGCAUGAAAUCUCGCAAGGUGCAUGAUGAUGUCAUCACACUGGCCAAAGUUGUGAUGUCAUACAUUACCGUGCGCAAGAUUUCGACUGGAUCUUCAAUCAAGAUCGCAGUGGCCAACUCUUCAUGCACAAAUUGAUGAGGUUAGUAUGAAUUUUUUUUCAACACUAGUUAAAAGCGCAGACUCCCCUACUUUUUCCCAGGUAUUGAAAGCUGUACACUUAAGAGCCAUAACAGUAGAGUAUAACAUCCCAAAACUAGACAUGAGGGUCCGGUACUGCUUCCUUUUACCUUGUGAGCACAAUGCAUUUAUUGAGGAUAGUGGUGCAGCUUCAUGGUCUAAGCAUCCUCCAUUGUAUUAUAUACUGCACUUGUCAUUUGUUUUCAGGUUUUAUACCAUCUGUUUUCUAUGUGUUUAUAUGUAUAUGCAUGUAUACAACGUCUGACUGUACAUGUAUAAGAAUAUUUGUAUUUAUUGAUUGUAAAGCCCCAACGCUCUUUUACAAAAUUCAAACUAUGCCACUUACUAGAAAUAAAGCAUUAGACAUUCAAUGUUUCAAACUUUCCUGCUCCAGAAUCUAAGGUGCCAAGCCAAGUAUAAUCUUGUUUGAAGGAAUCCCUAACAUAUAUUAUUAUAAUAUUCAUUUUUCUACCUAAUAAA